AUCCGCUCGCUCGAGACAUUCGGCUCAAUGUCGUUGUAAAGUGACCAUCUUUAUUUUGCCUUCGGUGUAAGCACUUUGUAGCGCUUCUGGAUUGUUUUGUUCUGCUUAGAGCCAUGGAGUAAUUGUUAUUGGGUCCGAACAACGAUGUCGACAGGUGCCGUCGACAAGGGGACGCAGGAACUCCUGGAAAAAGAGUUGUACUUCCUAAUAUCGAAGUUCUUAAGCAGUGGACCCUGUAAGCAAGCUGGCGAGGCUCUCAAGCGAGAGAUCGAGGAACACCAUCUGUUGCCGAAACGGAUUGAUUGGCUCGGAAAUGAACAUCAUCGAAGUUUUUCGGAACUGGAAUCGUCCAACUUUCACAUACCCAACGACUACCUGCUAAGGAUAUGUUCAAGGAUAGGACCCCUGCUGGACCAGGUGAUCCCCUCCGGGGUCACUGGUUCAAGGUCCCUGUUGGGGUCUGGCAGCUACUCUCUGCUCAGGCAGCAGUCAAAAGUGAGGAGGUUACGCAAGACUGCAGACGUGGCGGCCCGGCUCCAUGGGUCACCGCCAUGUUUUCCCCAAGGGGUCACCGCACCAAGCGUGGCGCUGGUGCUUCAAGGCCGAGCCCUGAGCGGGCUUCCCAACUGCUCCCAGCAGCUGUCCACCAAGUUCUUCUCCAAGGCACAGCUGUUCCGGCGCCUUUUGGGUCACUUGUCCUCGGUCUACUGUGUCCUCUUCGAUCGGAGUGGACACUACAUCUUCACAGGGGCAGAUGACCUUCUGGUCAAAAUCUGGAGCGCCUGCGACGGACGUCUGCUCGUGACGCUUCGCGGCCACUCGGCCGAGAUCACAGACCUGGCCGUGAGUCCAGACAACGGACUGCUGGCUUCGGGCAGCUGCGACAAAGUGAUCCGCGUCUGGUGCCUCCAGACCCUGGCCCCUGUGGCUGUGCUGUUGGGCCAUACUGCCAUGGUCACCUCUCUCAGGUUUUGUCCUUAUCCAAGAGGUGAAAGACAGUUCUUGGUAUCAACGGGAAACGAUGGCUGUGUCUGUUUUUGGGACUACUCCAGCAGCAGGAAAAGCUUCAACUCAAAACCCUUGAAGUUUACAGAAAGGAAUAGAGCUGGUGCUCAAAUGAUCUGCUCUUCCUUCAGUCCAGGUGGUGCAUUCCUGGCCACCGGGAGUACAGAUCACGUCGUCAGGGUGUAUCAUGUCCUGGCUCCUUCAGGACCAGAACGGAUUGCUGAACUCGAGGCUCAUGCGGACCAGGUGGACAGCCUGCAGUUUGCCAACAACAGCUGCCGCUUUGUGAGUGGUUCCAAGGAUGGGACGGCCAAUGUUUGGACGUUUGAGAGGCAGCAGUGGAGGUCCAUCACCCUGCGCAUGGCCACCAAGCUGGUCGGGUCCGAGGAACAGCUCGAAGAGGACCCCAAGCAGAAGCUGAAGGUGACCAUGGUGGGGUGGAGUCACGACGACCAUAUGGUGAUGACAGCUGUCAACGAUCACUCCAUCAAAGUGUGGGACUCCCAUGCGGGCAAGCUCAAGCACACUCUCCUUGGCCAUGAGGACGAGGUGUUUGUACUGGAGAGCCACCCUGUUGACAGCCGGGUGCUUCUCAGCGGUGGUCACGACGGGAGAAUCAUCAUCUGGGACCUCGCCAUGGGCUGCUCCAUCCGAAGCUUCUUCAACAUGAUUGAAGGGCAGGGACACGGGGCUGUGUUUGACUGCAAGUUUUCACCAGACGGCCUGCUGUUCGCUUCGACGGACUCUCACGGGCACAUCAGCGUCUUUGGCUACGGGUCGAGCGACCCUUACAAGAAGGUUCCGGACGAGCAGUUCUUUCACACGGACUACCGUCCGCUGAUCCGGGACGCCCAGCAGCACGUGCUAGACGAGCAGACGCAGUGCGCGCCACACCUGAUGCCGCCACCGUUCCUGGUGGACAUUGACGGAAACCCGUACCCACCAGCCCUCCAGCGCCUGGUGCCCGGCAGGGAGCGCUGCCACGACUCCCAGCUUGUGCCCUAUGUGGCGGUCCUGGCCAACGGCGAGUCAGAGAUUCUGGAGCCCGUGCGUCCCUUGGAGAACCAAGGCCCCGAAGAGCGUCCUGUGAUCGACGAGAUGAUCCAGCGCCUCCAGCAGCAGCAGGACCACAGGCUGGGAGGCUCGGGUGGGCAGCAAUCACCCCCUCGGGCCUCGCAAGCCGCCCGGCUGCCUUCCGGCCACUCGCCGGGCCACCAUAGCCGGGUGGGCAUGCUGCGCACGGGCGACGUGGAAGGUGUGCGCCAAUCCCUGGGCCACUGGCAGUCGCGGGAGCCCCCGGCAGCGCCCCAGGAGGCGGGGCCCAGCCAGGCGCCCCGGCCCCCGGCCAGUGUGGGGCGGAGCCUGCUGUGCCACUCUCUCACGGCCGGCCUCGUCUCAGGGGCCCUCCGGAGGGCUGCCGAAAUGGCCGAGGCGGAGCAGACCCUCUACCACCAGGAAAGUCAGCACAGGCGGCAGAGCUUCGACGUCAAGGUGCUGUGUGAAAACCUGCUGGCAAGCAAGCAUCGCACGCUCAGCAGCCGUGCCAAAGGUUCUGCCAAAAAGAAGGCAGCUCCCCAUGGUGUCCAGACGCGGUCCAACCGGGUCGGUCCAUCCAGGGGCAUUGGGGAGGACUUUGAAGACCCAGACGAUGUCACCAUGAGCUCCACCACGGACACCGGAGUGGUCUUCUCGGAGAGUUCGGAACACAGUGAGAGCGACUCGGAUUACUCGGACUGGGCCGAGACUCCGAAGCCGCGGAAGUCCGCCGCAAAGUCGACCCCCAAGAAGCAACGCAAGACCGCCCAGCCGCAACGGGGAGAAGACGAGGGUGACGACACUGCCGACAGUGACGACGACGACAAUGGUGAGGAGUUGGAAAUUGAGGAGGACUUGAGUGAGGAAGACAGCAGGGAAGGGGGCAGCAGCCAGAAGUUGCGGAGCAGGAACAACCACAGGGUCCAGGCAAAGGACAGCGACGAAGACUACGCGGAGAUGGUGGCCAGGGCGCACAAGAAGAAGCACCUCGUGCGCAAGAAGCAGCGCAAGAAAAAACCGAGCCGCAGCAGAAGUGCCGGUCAGCCGUCUGCUUCGGGCAGCAGCAGCAGACGGCAGGCGACGACCCAGCAGCAGCAACAGCAACGGGGAGAUGAGUCUGAGGAAGACGAGGAGGAGGAAGGGAAGGAGAAAAAGGGGGAGGCCAAGAAAGGGGCAAAGGCGGGGCGAAGCCACAAGGGCAAAGUGCUGCGUCCCCCCGAAUGGCUGAUGGACGUGGUGCCCCGCAAGAACCCUUACUUCCCGCAGCUGGGGGACGACGUGGUGUACUUCCACCAGGGUCAUCAGAUGUACGUCCAGGCAGUCAAGCGCUGCCGCACCUACCGCAUCAAGGACAGGGCCCAGCCCUGGGUCAGGCACAAGCUCAGGGAGCAGGAGCUGCUGCGAGUGCUGGACAUUCGGUACGAGCUGUGCCCGCCUGUGCACCUGUGCUGCCUGCGGGUGGUGCCCAUUGAACCCAACCGGGGCCAAGUCGACGGGACACCUUUCGUGAUCCGCUACCACGACAUGCCCGACGUCAUCGACUUCCUGGUGCUGAGGCAGACCUACGACCAGGCCAUGCGUUGCAACUGGAAGCCCACUGACCGCUUCAGGAGCAUCAUAGACGACGCCUGGUGGCUGGGCACCAUCGACACCCAGGCACCCCUGCAGCUGGAGUACCCGGACUCUAUGUUCCAGUGCUGCAUCGUCACCUGGGACAACGGGGAGGCGGAGCGCAUGAGUCCGUGGGACUUCGAGCGCAUCGACCCCAGCCGGAUGCCCGAAAGCACGGGAGGCGCGGUGCCAGUGACGCCUGAGGAGCGAAGCAGACUCUGCUACCGGCCCCGCAGCAACGAGUGGCCCCGCUGUGGGCGGGACGCCUUCUGCGAGCGCCUCGUCCAGGGGUUCCACCGCAUCAUGGAGCUGUCUAUCGCCGAGCCCUUCGCCGUGCCCGUGGACCUCAACGCCUACCCGCUGUACGCCAGCGUGGUGGCCUACCCCAUCGACCUGACCACCAUCAGGACGCGUCUGGAGAACCGCUUCUACAGGCGGGUGGAUGCCAUCAAGUUCGACAUUAAGUUCAUAGAGCUGAAUGCCAAGAAGUUCAACGAGCCGGACAGCAAGAUUGUCCAGAAGGCCGCGCUUUUGACGAGGCUUCUAACCAAAUUUAUUGACGACAACUCGUGUCGAGAUCCCAUCAAGCUGUAUCAGGAGCUGGUGGACAGCUCCAACGGAAGUUCGAGCAACAGUACCUCGAGAGCGGGGGAGAAUUCCUCGAGCUCCACUGAUAACGAAGUCGGCUGCUGCCCAUCAUCUUCUGGUGUCAAGCGCAAAAAGGUUGCCCCGCCAGGAAUGUCCAAAAAGCGGAGGACGGAGCAGAGCACCCCGUUGACUUCCACUACGUGGAAAGCACAGUGUUCUGACCUCUUGAACCUCAUCUUCCAGUGUGAGGACUCCACACCAUUCCGUCAGCCAGUGGACGUCAACACGUAUGAGGACUAUGUGAACAUCAUUGACGUUCCCAUGGACCUGGGCACCGUGCGAGAUCGGCUACAACGCGACCGGUACCCCAGCCCCACAGAGUUCUGCAAGGACAUGCGGCUCAUCUUUGCAAAUUCGAGGAACUACAACACCAACAAAAAGUCUAGGAUCUAUUCCAUGACCAUACGGAUGUCGGCAAUGUUCGAAGAAAGAAUACGGUCGAUCACGAGCGACUGGAGAUCGGCCGUCAAGUACGAGACCAAAGUGAAGAACAACCAGUAUGUGAGCAAAAGGAGUCAGCCAGCCGCCUUAGAUUUCUCGAGCGAUUCGCAGCCGUCGUCCUCACGUGGAAGCUCCCGCUCAGCCAAGGUCACAUUCCCCCCGCUGACCGUGAGAGCUGCAGUACUGAGGCCCAAGAAGUACUUGGAGUCGGAUUCCGACAGCGAAGAUGAGGAAAUAGGCCCCAAGAAAGAAAGCGCUCGUGGCAACACCGCAACUAGGGUCACCAGAGCAAAUGUGCAAGUCUCAAACCAGCGGCUGGUGAAUGGAAAGAAGAGCAGCAGAAGAGUGAUCGGCCACGGCGGUCGCAAUACGUCCUCGAGUGAGAAGGAACUGGCCAGCGAGAGCUCGCUUCGGAAACGGAAAGUUGUCCAUAACACGUCUUCUUCCGAUGGUGAAACCAGUGACGAGGACGAGGACGACGAGGACGACAGUGACAACAGCAGUUCAGAUAACGAAGAACAAAAGGAAGUCGAGUGUCAAGUAAAAGAGGAGGAAAUUGACCAAGAGGGAGAGUGUGAAGAUGAAGAGGGAGAAGAGGAGGAAGAACAGGAGGAGGAGGAGGAAGAAGAACAGGAGGAGGACGAAGAACCACUUAGAAGGAGGCGGUCUACGAGGCGCGCGGCCCGUACCAAUGUGAUAGGCAGCGAUGAUAGCAACGACAGUGUGGGGAGCAGUUCUGUGGGCGCCCGGGACGUCUCCCAUGGCCGGAGCCAACGAAGGACCAAGAGGCCGCACGACAGCGGCGGAGAAUCUGAAGGCACGACAGGCAGCUCGGAGAAGUCGUCAUUGUUUGUGACUGACCACGACUACGGCGUGCCGCGGCGGUCGUCGAGAAAGCCGCCACGACGCGUCCACGACGCAGCCACGGAGGACGGCAGGACGUCCAAGAGGUCGCACGUGCAGACGCGCAACCGGGGACAACAGUUGGUGCGCUACCGGGAGCAGGAGGACUCCGACUGGACAGGGGGGUCCGAGGACGACGACGACGACGGGUUAGACUCACGGGCGAGGGAGGUGCUCUCGGUUAGCAGUCGCGGGCGACUGCGCAAACUGUCCAAGCACGCCGCGAGAGCCAUGGUGGCUCAGUGA